CCGCAGCCGGGGUGGGGGGGAGCGGCGGCACCACCACCAGCACCCCCAUGGAGGCUUUUCCCGGCGGCAAGCUGGAGCAGCACCGGCACCUGCCGGCCGUGGAGUGCCUGCCGGGCCCCCGCUACGGCGGGCGGAGUCACAGCGCCUGCGGGAACGUCUUCAACUCCUGGAACGACUACCUGGGCUUGGCCACCCUCAUCACCAAGGCCGUGCGUCCCGGCAAGGCCUUCGGCGCCGAGCCCCCCUCGGUGGUAGUGGCGGCGGCCGAGGAGGAGGAGGAGGAGGAAGAGGAGGAGGAAGAAGAGGCGGCGGGGCCGUACUUCGAGGGCGCGCUGGACUUGCAGGAGCUAGACCUGUGCGGGCAUCACCACCAUCAUCAUCACCACCACCACGGCGAGAGCCUGCUGGAGGAGCGCUUCGCCGAUUUCAGCCCUUUCCCCGGGCGCGGGGGUCCCGCCGCCGCCACCGCCGUGCUCUUCGACUGCUCGGGGGAUCACCCGGGCCGGGAGGGCUCACCCCACUCUUGGGGGGGUCUGGUGGUGGCGGGGCGGCUGCCGAACCACCCGCGGGCUUCCUCCCGUUUGCUCAAACCCGAGCUGCAGGUCUGCGUCUUCUGCCGGAACAACAAGGAGGCGGUGGCCCUUUACACCACCCACAUCCUCAAGGGACCCGACGGCCGCGUCCUCUGCCCGGUGCUGCGCCGUUACACCUGCCCCCUCUGCGGGGCCAGCGGCGACAAUGCCCACACCAUCAAGUACUGUCCCCUCUCCAAAAUGCAGGCGGCCAAACAGCUCAAACAACACGCCCGGACCGCCCUGGGGAAGAAGGGGCGUUAAGCACUAGGACCCCGGGGGGGCGGCCCCGAUAUCCCCCCGGCUCUUUCCUUUGGGUUUUUGUCUUUGAAGCGGAUGGCGGGUUUGGGUUUGGUUUGGUUUUUUUUUUUUUUCCUUGUUCUUUCGCACAUUAAUAUAUAUAUAUAUUAAAGGCGGAGAGUGGCGAGCGGGGGCGCAGGGCCGGUCGCCGGGGGCGUCUGGUUGCGCGCUGGCCCGCGCGGAACCCGGCGCCGGGCCGCGGGAAUUGCGCAGCUCAGAUGCACUGUGUUUGUUUAUUGUAAGAAAAGAAAAAAAAAAAAACAAAAACAAA